AUGGCAGAUACCACAAGUCAGCAGCCCAAGCUCUACAUCUACGACUUCUGUCCGUUUAGCUGUCGUGCACGUGUUGCACUGGGCCUAAAGAAGGUCAAAUACAACGUCAUAUUCAUGGCCUUCAACGACGUCGCAACGCCAACGAGUCUGGUCGGCACCAAGGCGGCUCCGAUUUUCGUGCCGGUGGGUGAAAGUCCCUUUACAGAGAGCUGGGACGUGGUGAGUUACGUGGACAAACACUACGGCGACAGCCCCCAUCAUUAA